AUGACAAAUCGACAGUCUAUAAAUACCAUCAAAGAGGUAGUUUGUCCGGAUGGGAGAAUAGCUGCGACAGAGGAUGCGGUUAAAGCUGAAGCAGAGCGACAUUUUCGGGAGUUCCUUCAGUUGGUUCCUAGUGAUUUUGAAGGGAGUCGGGUUGAGGAUUUGGAGCAGUUGUUGCCAUUUCGGUGUUCGGACUUGGAUGUUCAACAACUCACACGAACUGUCACGGGGGUUGAGAUUAAGAAAGUGUUGUUUUCGAUGCCAAAUGACAAAUCACCGUGGCCAGAUGGGUUCACUGCUGAGUUUUAUAAGGCUGCAUGGGGGUUGAUUGGGACAGAGUUUGUUUUAGCAAAAGUUCUCACGGCAAUGUGUUUUCCACCUACUUUUGUGCAUUGGAUCAUGCUUUGUGUCACUACUGCUUCCUUCUCUGUUCAGGUGAAUGGUGAUUUGGUUGGUUAUUUUAGGAGUUCUCGUGGUCUUCGACAAGGGUUCUCUUUAUCACCGUAUUUGUUUGUUAUUUGUAUGGAAGUGCUUACUAAAUUGUUGGAUAAGGCCGCUGGUGCACGUCGUUUUGGGUAUCACCCGCGUUGUAAGAAUCUCGGUCUCACUUAUUUAAGCUUUGCGAAUGAUCUAAUGGUUCUCUCGGACGGGAAGGAGCGGUAUGUGGAAGGUAUUGUGGCCGUGUUUGAUGAAUUCGUAAAACUAUCGGGCCUCAAAAUUAGUAUGGAGAAGUCGACUCUGUUUUUGGCGGGGGUUCCUGCAUCAACGGCUGAUCAAAUCUCUACUUGGUUCUCUUUUGCUCAUGGACAGUUUCCUAUCCGCUAUCUCGGCCUCCCUUUGAUCACCAAAAAGCUUACCAAUGCUGACUUGGCUCCUCUGCUUGAACAGUUGCAGCAACGAAUUGGCUCGUGGACAGUUCGGACCCUAUCUUUUGCAGGACGAUUAAAUCUUAUAUCUUCAGUCCUUUGGAGCACAUUGAGCGAUACUACGACUCGUGGAUCGUGGAUAUGGCGAAAACUCCUGAAGUAUCGAGAUAUGGCUAAACCACUGUGCAACAUGGUGGUCGGCAAUGGGGAGAAAACCUCUUUUUGGUAUGAUAAUUGGUCCCCAAUGAAUAGGCUUAUGGAUAUUGGAGGGGAUCGUGGAGUCAUUGACAUGGGGAUUUCAAAACAGAGCACUUUAGCGGAAGUAUGGGACACCCAUCGAAGGAGACGGCAUAGGCUACCUCACCUUAAUGACAUGGAAGAUGCUUUGCACACUCAACGAUUACAACGUCGCGAUGUUCCUGAUAGUCUGCAUUGGAAAGGCAAGAAUGAUAUGUUCCGCUCUGGGUUCUCUACUCGAGACACUUGGAAUCACAUACGCACUACUUCGAACGUGGUUGCUUGGCACAAAGGGGUCUGGUUUGCUCACGCGGUGCCCAAGUACUCCUUCUGUGUGUGGUUGGCGGCUCUGAACAAACUAUCCACGGGGGAUCAUAUGCUUUGCUGGAACAGAGAUACGGAUGGUACAUGUGUCCUAUGCCACUCUGAUCUAGAAACUCGGAACCAUCUUUUCUUUUCUUGCCAUUAUGCUACUGAGGUGUGGGCUGCUUUGGCCAAAGGGCUUUUUUGCAUACAAUAUACAACAGACUGGGAGACAAAUCUUACUUCUAUCUCGAAUCAGCAACAAUCACGGGUGGAAGCUUUUCUUCAAAGAUGUGUUUUCCAAGUGGUUGUUUACACACUUUGGCGAGAGCGUAAUGGGCGACGGCAUGGAGAAGCAUCAACACCAUCUCAUUAUCUCAUUGAUUGGGCAGAUAAGCAGAUCAAGACUCAAAUUACUGCAAUCGGAAAGAUGGGGAUCGACACUAUAAUGAAGCAUAUCAAGUUUGGUUACAAUCUCGACUGGUUUAGAUUAAUCUGA